AUGUCGCCAACUCCGGAGCCCGAGGAUGAUCCCUUCGACCAGGUGGAACGCCAGAUCGACUGGGUCGAACAGCUCGAAAACGUCAGGAUCCGCCACGACACCCUCUCCGCCUCUCGGGAAGUUAUUCCCUACGUGGAGGGCCUGCGCGAAUCCAUAAUCAGGCUGGCCGGACGCCAAACCUACGAAGACCUCAAGCUGCUCCACGGCACCCAAGUCGCCGACAUUGUGGACGCUGUCAGGCGGCGCGCCCCCGACGAUGCUUGGAACGGCACGAUGAAGCCGGCCCUCCUGCGGGAAGGCUGA